CCGACGCUAGCCGUGGUUGAAUUUUAGAGCAAGACGGCAGUCCGGAAGAAAGAGAAAUUUCUGGGGCACAGCUCGAAGCGUGCUUGCGUGCUUCCGUGAAUCUUGGCAGCAUCCGACACGAGCACACCAUCCGCUUUGUACUGCACGACGUUGCCCGAGUUCCGACAAUGCACAUAGCUCUCACGACGUCUCUCGCCACAUAGCAUAUCUUCAACAUAUACGACCCUUGUGCGCGGACUGGAUGGAAGCACUAUUGCAUGACGGUCGGAAAAGAGGAAAGGAUAGCAUACCUAGGCGCUAACGCAAACUCUAUUUAGACCAGCCGCAUGCAGGGCGCUGGCCAGCCCACUGCGUCAACGGAUUACUGCGGGUCUUCUGCUGCACUUUUUCUAUUGCAUUCCCUCUUCACUAUCCUUCUUCACAUUGUGCGACAUGACGAACGGUGUCGAUGAACACGAUAGCGAACUGCCUGGAGCACAUUCCACGACCAUGGACGAAAGCUCACCGCUUCUAGCAAACGAACACCGAGGUUCCCCAGACUACGAUGACGCAAAGACCAAGAACAUUGUUGACUUCGAUCCCAAUGGCGACCCUGAGAAUCCCUACACAUGGAGUGAUGCAUACAAGUGGAGUGCUGUAGCCCUCCUGGCGUUGACAGCGUUCAGCGUGACCUUCACCUGCAUCUCACUCGUACCGGUCGCCGGUCGCAUAGUAGUGGACCUGGAUGGGCACAAGAACAAGUCUGCCAGCGUGCUUCUCGUCACAAUCUGGGAGCUGGGCGAAGCAGCUGGCCCAUUAUUCAUCGCGCCGCUGUCGGAGGUCUUCGGACGAUAUCCAGUCAUGAACGUAACAAACACUCUCUUCAUCACAGCAACUGUUGUAGCAGCAUUGGCACCUAGUGCGAACCUGCUCAUUGCGAGCCGCUUCUUCACUGGACUGGCUGUCGCAUCGAACGUGCUUAAUCCAGCCAUUGUGGGCGACAUGUUCAUUUCAGAGCAGCGGGGCGCGGCCAUGAGCUUGAUUAUGCUGGCGCCUCUGCUGGGCGGCGCAAUAGGCCCAGCGACUGCCGGUCUAAUCGCCGAGAAGCUUGGAUGGCGAUCAAUUCUGUGGGCAUCUGCUGGACUGGCCACUUUCUGUGAAAUUACCUUCUUGCUGCUGUUUCGUGAGACCUUUAAAGUCAAAAUUCUCAAUACUCGAGCAGCUAAGCUGAGGAAAGAGACCGGUGACACGGCCUGGCGCACUGUUUACGAAAUUCAAGGCGAAGCCAAUGGGACAGGUCUGUGGCAGCAAAUCAUGCGCCCUGCGGUCGUGUUCUGGGGCUCAGGCGUUCUCCAAGCGGUUUCGAUAGUUGGCAGCGUCAGCUAUUCCUUCUUCUACAUUCUUUCUACAACACUCCCGGACAUCUUGGAAACAGUCUACGACCUCUCACCUGCCGCGACAGGCCUUGCGUUCAUCUCCUUCAGUGCUGGCUCUUUAGUCAGUGUAACACUUUGCAACCAAACUCUCGACAGGAUAUACAUUCGCCUUCGAGAAACGCGAGGCAAGGGAGUGGGCCAUCCGGAAUAUCGUCUCCCUCUUGUGAUCUUGGGCGGAUUCUUCCUAUCUAUUGUUGUGACGAUGUAUGGCUGGGUUGCACAAGCUGCACUUCCUCUCCCGGUGAUGCUCAUCUCUGUAGCGCUUCUGGGCGCAGCUCUCAUGUUUGGAUACCUGCCGUUGACGGCCUACCUGGUGGACGCUUUUGGCAUGUAUUCUGCUUCUGCUAUGACCGCAGUCAUUGUCACAAGAUGCCUAAUGGGAACAUUCCUGCCGUUACUGGCGGAACCACUGGUCGAACGAACUGGCUACGGUUUGGCUUUUACAGCUCUCGGGGGGAUAAGUCUGUGUCUGGCGCCCAUACCUAUCUUCCUCAUGCGCUAUGGACAGAGGUGGAGGCAGAAGAGUAGCUAUACGCGGGACGAGUGAUGGAACGAGUUACGACACGAGACGAUGCUCUACGAUGCGACAUGCGUGCUGCGUUUGAGCGAUUAGCGAAGGCGUUCAGGGUUUUGGUUGAAUUAUUGGUCAAUGUUAUAGAUACAAAAGCAGUUCUUCCGGAGGCCAAAGCCAUACUUGUGUAGACAAUGAGCGGAGCUACAGGAUGUAGACUCUCGCAAUGAUAGCUCUACAGCCAUUGCCACCA